GUGGAUUACAGAAUUAUAAUUUUCGGGUGAAAAUACUAUUUUGUAAAUUUUCUGAUAAUGUAUAAUGCUUUAUCUAGUUGAAAACAGGUGGGAAUUUCUCUAGGUUGUGUUGGCAGUCUCUCAUUCAGAGAUAAACCUUUCUGGCUGCCAUAAGGAAUAAAUCAGUUCUGGAGAAAGAAGACACACCUUGCAACAAACAAAGGAUGUUCCAGAGUAUGAAGAUAUUUUAUAGCAGAAGUUGUAAGGAAUAUGUAAUACAACUCUUGUGACAGAAAAUCUGAUAUGGUUGUUUCCUGGAGACUUUAGUAAAAUAAAACAAAACAAAAAAAAUUCUUAAAUUCAUUUUUAAAUUGUUUAAUUUACUUAUUUAUUGAUUAUUUAAAAAUAAAUUAUACUGCAAAAAAAAAAAAAAAAUACAAAUAAUAAAAAUGGGAGAAGUAUCUGAAGAUCCAGUUCUAAAUAUUCCAGAAACUAUUGCAGAAGUUGAUGAUAAGGAAAUAUAUCAUGAAGAACUCACAGAAGAGAUAAAGAAAGAAGAAUGCAAUUUAGUUCAAGAAAAUGGUGAAGCAAUUAAAAAUAUGGCAUCAGCAAAUGCUGAACAAAAAAAUGAAUCUCUUCAGAACAUACCUUUGCCUUCCCAGAGUUUUACAGAGCCAUUGUCUCCAUCUGACUUGUUGCGUUCUAAAUUAAUUGAAAAUGUUUCAAUGAAAAUGUUAGAUUCUAUUGAAAUGUCAAAAAGUGGAGGAUCUCCCUUUCUUGGUAGAAAUAUUGAAAAUGAAAUGAAUGUAACUCCACUUAAGAAAAUAGCAGAAAAUACUAAUGAAUCAACCAAACGAAAAACAGGCAGAAGUAAUACUUACAUGGAUACCACAGAAUUUUCAAAGAAUUCUUCAAAAAUUAACAAUGUUAAAAUACCAGAGACUUUGCAGAAAAGAAAGAAUACUGUUACUGGAGCACCAGAAUCAAGAAAAAUGAGCACCCUCAGUUUGUCAAAAGUGUUUACUCCUGCUCUUCGCAAAGAAAGUAUUUCUAGAUUUGUUAGUACUCUAUCUAUUUCAGCUGGUAUUCCUGUUGAAACCUCUUUUCUCAGUGAUACUGAUUCAAGGAAAAGUAGCUUAAAAACACAGAGAAAAUAUUCUGAAGUUUCUGUAGAUUUGCAACCAAGAAUUGACAGAGAACCAAGUAUCGUACCACUUAAACAGAAACCCAGGUACUCAAAAGUAAAGAAAACUAUGAUUUUAAUCUCGUCAAUUCUUAUGCAAAUAUUUGUAUCAGAAAUAUUUUCAUUAGGUCCUAUUUAUGUGAAACUUAUGGAAGUAUUCAAUUCCUCAAAAUCAACAACUAGUUUGGUACAGUCAUUGCCUCAAGGUAUUGCUUAUUUAUGUGGCAUUUUUGUAGCACCUUUGAUUUCUAAAUUUGGACUUCGCCUAACAUUGUUUGUUGGUAGUAUUCUUUCAAGUGCAGGUUUUGCUGCUGCUGCUUUUGUGAAUAAUGUUUUUGGAAUUGCUCUUCUUGUUGGAAUCGUAUCAGGGUUUGGUUUAUGUAUUUUGAAUGUGGUUUCAUACUCUGCUAUAGCUAUGUAUUUUGACUCUAGUCAGAGUUAUGCAAUUGCUGCAGUAUCAGCAGGUUUGGCUAUUGGAUCAACAUUGUUACCCCUCUAUCAAAUCAAUAUAAUUGAUAUUUAUGGUUGGAAUGGUAAUUUUCUACUAAUGGCUGGCAUAAUUUUGCAAGCAUGUGUCAUGUCAUUUCAAUUUGAACAACAACCUGUGAAAAAAACAACGGAGAAUCGAAGUCCAAAAACAGAAAAUGAAGUAAAUUUUAAAGAAAAGCUUAAGGAAAUAUCCAAGUAUAAAGUGCUGCCAUCAUUUUUCCUUUCAACAUUUUUGGCAGCAAAUGCAAGUCCAAUAUUUUCCAUGAUGGUGGUUGAUUUUGGAAUUGAAAAAGGCUAUGGUAUGCACAGAAGUACUGUCUUCCUGAUUGUGUACAGCUUUUGUACAACUGUGGGACGUCUACUUGCUGGAUUAGCUAGUGCCUGUCGACUGUCAGGCAUGUUUACAUAUUUGAUCUCAGGCAUAAUUUCUUCAGUACUGAUCAUUGCUUUAGCUUUUGCAAAUAAUGAUAAUGUCAUUAUUACAUUUCUAACUUUUAUCGGUCUCUUUAUGGGAUGUUUUACCACAGUAGCCCUUGUUUCACUACUGGAAAUGGUUGGAAGUGGGAAUUACCAAUUUUGUUUUGGAUUCUAUACUACAAUAACAGGUUUGGGAUAUUUAACCUGUGGCCCAUUAGCAGGUUUCAUUGCUGAUCUUGCCAAGUCAUACAGUAAAUCUUACAUGGCUGCUGGGCUAUUCAUGGGUGCUUCUGCAUGCCUCAUCAUCGUGACAAUUCUAAUCACUGGAGAGAAGCAUUUGCUUCAUAGACGAAUACCAUAUGCAAUGAGUGACAAUGAAGAAUCAAAAACCAGUGAUAGCAUUCUUUAGGUUAAUGGUUUCCCAAACACAAUCUUCAGAUGUGGAAUCUUUUUGUAGUAUUUUCCGAAAAUUUCAGAACUCAUACAUUUGUUUUAUGGACAAUCCUCUACAUCCUUAUAAGAUAUUAAACAAAAAAUUGUUUUGGAGAAAAAGUUUAUUCAUGUACAAAAAACCCCAAAAAAUACAUUGUUUUGAAAUGGCAAACAUCAAUUUAUAUAUAUAUAUAUAUAUAUAUAUAUAUAUAUAUAAAAGAAAAAUUUAACAAAUUCCUUAUUGUGAACAACCCCAGAAUUUUUUCUCAGAACAAUAGGUUUCUUGAAAUGCAUUUUGAGAAAAAAUGCCUUAGAUAGCCAAGAUGAAUGUAUUGUACUUACCAAAAAAAUCUCUUAAUGAAUUUAAAAAAAUGUUAUUUAGUGCAAGGAUAACAAAUUUAAGCAAAAUGUUAUGGCCAUUUGAACUGUCCUAGUAAUCAACUAGAAUUUAUUUCAUUGAUCCCACUUCUUGAGGGAUAAAAGGCAAAGUCUAUAUGAAUGAGAUUUGAACUCAAAAUGUUGGAGAAGGAAAAUCAUACUCUAAAGGAUGUAAUUUAAUGCUUUACUAUUUCUGACACAGAGUCACUUUUCUUUUUUUAAACUCUUAAAUAAAUAAAUGAAUAAUUUGUUGUAUUUCUAACAAAACAUUAUUCAUUUUAUUGGCCUUGGAGAAAAAGAAAUGAAAGGUAAAUUUGACCUCUGUGGAAUAUAAUAAGCUCAGAAUGUAUAAGGGGCAUAAAUUAAUACUUCAAGAAUUUUUUAUCUCUACUGAUUCAACCAUUCAUUGGUUUUUUUUGAUCCCUUAAAUAUCAAGUAAAAUAGUUGUCUGGAUAUGAUCCAAGUGAAAUAUGAGCUCAAUAUAUAUAUAGGGGCAUAAAUAAAUAAAUAAAUAAAUGCAUAAUUUUAACUGAUGCUCUUCUUACUCUGCCACCAAUUGAUCCCUUAAUAAAUAACAAUAUCAAGUAACUGUUUGAAUUUUAUACCCAUUUUUAUAUAUUUUAUUUCUUAUUUUAAUGCUUAAAGAAUAAUAAAUUUUAUUAAAAUGUACCAUGGAAUCAA